AAAAGCCCUGAGACAUCAGCAUUUGAAAACUGCGAAGACAAUCCUGAGUAGCAAUUGUGAAUGGGAUUGCUGGUAGACACCUUCUGCCAAGCAUCUGAAAUGAACAUCUCUCACCAAGCCGGAAGUACUGGAUUCAGUUGACUUCAGGCUAAAAAGAAGAGUCUUGGUUGUCAUCACAAACAUAUGAACCAGUGUGAUGGUGAAAUGAGAUGAGGCUCCGAAAUGGAACUGUAGCCACUGCUUUAGUAUUUAUCACAUCGUUCCUUACUUUAUCCUGGUAUACUACAUGGCAAAAUGGGAAGGAAAAACUAAUUGCUUAUCAACGAGAAUUUCUUGCUUUAAAAGAGCGUCUCCGAAUAGCUGAACACAGAAUCUCCCAACGUUCCUCUGAGUUAAGCACCAUUGUACAACAAUUCCGACGUGUAGGAGCAGAAACAAAUGGAAGUAAGGAUGAAUUGAAUAAGUUUUCAGAUAAUACCUUAAAGCUACUAAAAGAGUUAACAAGCAAAAAAUCCCUUCAAGUGCCAAGUAUUUAUUAUCAUUUGCCUCAUUUAUUGCAAAAUGAAAAAAGUCUUCAUCCUGCUGUACAGAUUGGAAAUGGAAGAACAGGAGUUUCAAUAGUAAUGGGAAUCCCAACAGUGAAGAGAGAAGUUAAAUCUUACCUCAUAGAAACUCUUCAUUCUCUUAUUGAUAAUCUCUAUCCUGAAGAGAAGUUGGACUGUGUUAUAGUAGUUUUCAUAGGAGAGACAGAUACUGAUUAUGUGCAUGGUGUUGUAACCAACCUGGAGAAAGAAUUUUCUAAAGAAAUCAGCUCUGGUUUGGUGGAAAUAAUAUCGCCUCCUGAAAGCUAUUACCCUGACCUGACAAACCUGAAGGAGACAUUUGGAGACUCUAAAGAAAGAGUAAGAUGGAGAACAAAGCAAAACUUGGAUUAUUGUUUUCUAAUGAUGUAUGCUCAGGAAAAGGGUGUAUAUUACAUUCAGCUUGAAGAUGAUAUUAUUGUAAAACAGAAUUAUUUUAAUACUAUAAAAAAUUUUGCACUUCAACUUUCUUCUGAGGAAUGGAUGAUUCUAGAGUUUUCCCAGCUAGGCUUUAUUGGUAAAAUGUUUCAAGCACCAGAUCUCACUCUGAUUGUAGAAUUCAUCUUUAUGUUCUAUAAGGAGAAACCCAUUGAUUGGCUAUUGGACCAUAUUCUCUGGGUGAAAGUCUGCAACCCUGAAAAAGAUGCCAAACAUUGUGAUAGACAGAAAGCAAAUCUACGAAUUCGAUUCAGACCUUCCCUUUUCCAACACGUUGGUCUGCAUUCAUCACUGUCUGGGAAAAUUCAGAAACUCACGGAUAAAGAUUACAUGAAACCAUUACUUCUUAAAAUCCAUGUAAACCCACCUGCAGAGGUGUCCACUUCCUUGAAAGUUUACCAGGGACAUACACUGGAGAAAACAUACAUGGGAGAGGAUUUCUUCUGGGCUAUCACCCCGACAGCCGGAGACUACAUCCUGUUUAAAUUUGACAAGCCAGUUAAUGUAGAAAGCUAUUUAUUCCAUAGUGGCAACCAAGAACAUCCAGGAGACAUUCUGUUAAACACAACUGUGGAUGUUUUGCCUUUAAAGAGUGAAGGUUUGGAAAUAAGCAAAGAAACCAAAGAGAAACGAUUAGAAGAUGGCUACUUCAGAAUAGGAAAAUUUGAGAAUGGUGUUGCAGAAGGAAUGGUGGACCGUAGAUUAAAUCCCAUUUCAGCCUUUCGACUUUCAGUUAUUCACAAUUCUGCUGUGUGGGCCAUUCUUAAUGAGAUUCAUAUAAAGAAAAUCACCAAUUGAUCUUCUAAGGAACCAAUAAAUACUUUCCUCCCCCUUGAACCUGUCAUUUAAAGAUAGUUAAGCAUGUACCUUUUUUAAAAAACAAACAAACUUGAAUACUACCUCUUGUGAAAUCUACUGUAGAUAUGACAAUUGUCAUUUCCACUUGGAAAGUAAACCUCCCAUGGAUAAUUGUAUUCAUUUGAAACUCAGCUGUCCUCCAAUUUUAACUUGUCACAAACAUUUUACAAUUAUGACAGCCUGUUAAUAUGACUUGUACUAUUUUGGUAUUAUACUAAUACAUAAGAGUUGUACAUAUUGUUACAUUCCUUAAAUUUGAGAAAAACUAAUGUUAAAUACAUUUUAUGAAGGGGGCACUUUUGAUGUUCAUUUAUUUUACUAUUAUAGACCCUCUUUUAUAGAUUAUCAGGGAUGAUAUAUAUAUAUAAAUAUAUAAAUACACAUAAAAUGUUAUGGAGUUAAUUUAUUAGAAAUACUUAAAAGUACAUAUUUUUGUGCAGUAAAUUUUUGAAUCAAUACUUUUUUUGAAAACAAGUUACCUUGCUUUUUUAAGUUCUUUCUAUAUUUUUCUUUGGAAAUGCAAACAUUACAGAUCAAUUCCAUUUUUCAACUGCACUGCCAUUUAAGGUUGAUUAUAGGUGGAUUUCUUAACUUGAAGUACUUUUAUAAUUGCUGUGAUUCUGAAAAAAAUAUUUUCAAAGGCAUUUAUCAUUCCUUAAAGCCAAGAUUUUAAAGACCAAUGUCCUUCCUGAGGGUUAUUUUACUGUAUUGUAUAUGACAUGUGACCACAGAAAACCAGUCUGAUAAAUUUCAGUGUUUUCAGUAUGAUGCCCUCAGCCUGAAUCACCAUACACUUCACCCAUUACAUUUCCUCUGGUGUGGCAGAUGAGACUCUUUUUUCCUUUUUAAUCUUUGUUUUUAAUCUGUGAGUCAGAUACAUUGUUUCCUGUUCAUUCUUUUAUAUCUUCAAGUCUAGUUCUGACUGUUUUCUAGGCAAUGCUACUGUAUGAAUCAAUAAUGGAUAUAAUUUUAAAGAAAAACAAAAUUGUAAUAUUGGUUUUUGGUGAAAGGUAUUGUAGCAGUUGUAUGUUUUGCCAAGAUGAUUUAUUCUAUUGCAUUAUAAACUGACAAAUCCUA